AUGGCCAUUGAUUCCCCCGCAAUGUUACCCGCGCCAGCAUCCCAUUGCAGGUUCAUUAUUCUUCUCUUUCUCUUAUUGUAUAAUAUCCGGGUGGAUGCUCAACCCUGGCCCGUAACAUACAUCUCCGCAACUACUGGACAAGACACAGUUGGAUGCGGUGCAGCGGUGGAUACGGCUUGCAAGGGCUUGCAGGCGGGAAUCAACUCGACCGCGGAGGGGGGUCUCAUGUGGGUUCAACCUGGGAUAUACCAAGGACCGGGGAAUGUGGACUUGAAAUUGGCCGGUAAAGCGAUAAGGAUGCAAAGUACCCAUGGCGCCCAAUCCACGAUCAUUGAUGGCGGCAAGGCAAACAGAAUCCUUUCCUUUAAUACGGGGGACGGCAAUGAUGCUUUCAUAUCCGGAUUCACCUUUCGGAACGGGGCCGCGUCAUGGGGCGGGUGCAUUGGUAUCGGAGGUAGUGCAGCACCAAUAAUUGAGGAUUCUAUCUUUACGAAUUGUCAAACGUCUGCACAAACCGCCGGAUCGUUGGGACAGGAGCAGAGUGGCGCUGGGGGAGCGGUCUACGUCGGCGGAAAUUCCUCUCCCACCUUUCGUCGCUGCAACUUUACUUUCAAUUGGGCUGAAUUGGGGGGCGGAUCGGCAUGGCUGACCGAUAAUUCAAAUGCAACAUUCCUGCAUUGCCAUUUUGAGAACGAAUCUGCACGGCUGUACGGUGGAUCAGCUGUUCUCGAGGGUGCCAGCGGUGGAGUGUUUGAACGAUGCGUAUGGAGGAAUAAUUGGUCGCAGUAUGGUGGCGCCUUGGACUCUGGGGGAACGAGUAGUACGAAACUCGUGAACUCUCUCAUUGUUAAUAGUUCGGCUGAAAUUGGUGGUGCAGUGUACCAUUACACAAACAGCGUCAACGAAUUCAUAGGAUGCACCUUUAUCGAUAACAAAGCUACUGGCAACGGAGGGGCAGUCAUUGUGACAGCCAAGUCACAGCCCAUAUACAAGUCCUGCACCUUUAUAAAAAAUAAAGCUGGGGGAGUUGGCGGAGUGUUUCAUACAGAGAUAUUUGGGAAGCUGAUCAUCGACAAUUGUACGAUGGUACAAAACUCUGCAACCGCCGGCGGCGGUGCCAUAGCAGGGAGAUUGAAUGCAGAAGUUACCAUGAGCGAUUGUACCUUCAAAAACAAUUUUUCGGGGAGUCAUUCAGGCGGCCUGGAAAUAGCCGAUUCAGUCAUGGUCACAGACAGGAACUCCUCAUUCAUUGGCAACACCUGCGACACCGAUUCUGGGGCCGCUCUUGUCCGUGUCAACGCAUCCUUCUCAGCCCACCAAACCCGUUUUCUCAACAAUACCGCAUCAUCGACUGGCGGAGCCCUACGAGUCUCGGAUUCUGGAAGGCUGAGUUUGACAAAUGUGCUCGUGAUUGGUAAUAGAGCUAAUAGGACUGGAGGGGGGCUAUAUGUGAGUACAUAUGGAAGUGUAAUGGUGGCCGACUCGGUGAUUGCAAAUAAUUCAGCGGAGGAGCAUGGAGGAGGCAUCUUUCUCAACACGCCUUACUCAGCCAGUAAUUCCGUCUCUAGCAAAGGCUACGUGACGCUAGUCAAUACCAACGUCACCUACAAUGUAGCCGAAUACGGUGGAGGCGUUGCUGUAGAUUCCUCCUUGCCGAUCUUCCUUCAAUCAUCCCACUUACUCUACAAUCGUGCGCAUUUCGGCGGUGGAAUGUGGUUACGAUCCGCUGGGAGUACCAUGGAUCCAUCAAGCUCGAUUGUUGGCAACACUGCGGAACGUUUAGAUGUGGACGUUCUUCCGUCAAGUUCUCAGUUUGGAAAUAUGGAUGACGCCUCAGCACAAAGCAAUAAGAGUCUACCCGAUGGAUUAUAUGAUGAUUCGGAACCAAGCAACUUUCGCGGUGGAGGUGGGGGUGGAAUUUUCCAUGAUGGGCCAGGGUCCCUUUUCUCGUGCCUUUCCUACUGCGACAUCAGAAACAAUACUGCAUCGUACGGCGCCAACCAUGGUGGUUCACCUCGCAUCCUACAACCUGAUCCGCCGUUCUUUUUUGCGUCCCCAAAAGAUACAUUCUCCAUCAGUGUCUCUGUUCUUGACGCUUUCAACAACACCGUCGAUGAUACUUCUGAUCAAAUGGUCGUCACGCUCUAUCCGCGAUCUCAGCAGGGUGCACCAUUAGAAUUGAUUGGGCAAGGGCUCAAGAAACGCGUGGUCGAGAAUGGGGUUGUGCGAUUUGGACCGUUGAGUGUGAUUGGGUACUUGAACAGAAGCUACAAAUUAGGACUGUGGAGCGAUGGGCUACCCGGGGCAGACGUUGAACUCCAGAUUGUUAGUUGUGGUCCUGGAUAUCAAAACAGUGCAGACCCGUAUACAACUCCCUACACAUGCCAUAUGUGCGUCAACUCCUUUUCUCGCAUCCCCGACUCGGAUUGCCUACCUUGUCCAGCGGGUGCAACCUGUCAAGGUCCCAAUGUAACAGCGGAACCUGGUUUCUGGAUAGAUCCUACUACACCUGCAGAUGCGAUUCCAAACGUGUGGCGAUGUCCGCCUGGCCAAUGCCUUGGUGACUCUAGAUGCGCAGAGCACAGAACAGGGAUACUGUGUGCAGAGUGUGAAGAGAAUUAUAGCGAUUGGCGAGGCAGUGGCAUCUGCGAAAGAUGCGACCGAGAUGCCCCAGAGUGGCUCCUGAUUCCUAUCAUCGCCGCGUUCAUCAUCAGUGGGAUUCUUCUCCGCUUUCCCUCCCUAUGCAAAUCGAGUAUAUCAGCGACUCUCGUCUUCUUUGUCCAGUACUCAUCCAUUCUCCUCCCUGCAUCCCCUGGAUUUGAAAUCAUCACCCAAUCCCUCAACCUUGCCUUCGACUGGAUCAACAAGCUUAGUGGUACCAGCUGUAUUUUACGGUUGAGCAACUUUGGGCGGAUCCUUUUUGGAGGUUUCUUCCCAUUAACGGGCCUAAUGAGCUGUCUGGUGUGGGGGGUAUUUAUCAAGUUGUGGUAUUGCUUGAGAGGCUGGAGGAAGAGUCGAAGUGCACGGUCUGCGGAGGCAGGGAUGCCGGAUGGGGAGGAGCCACGAAAGGAAGGAGCUGUUCCGAAAGAAGUAGUAAUUGCAUGGAUCAAUGCUUUUUUGUUCAUUGUUUUAUGGGCUUACCUGUUGAUCUCGAGAGUCGUGUUGCGUCUACUCUCCUGUGCGACCAUCGCCGGCCGGUACGUUGUCUCUGAGGCGCCCGAUCAACUCUGCCAACAAGGCGCACAUGCAACAUGGUGGGCCAUAGGAUGGACGCUCGUCGUGAUGUGGGUAAUUGGUCUCCCUGUGGCUCUGGUCGGAUUUCUGAAAUGGGCACUUGUGGCUCGUGCGAGAGGCGGAUCUCGGUUCUGGGUUGAGGCUCUUGAGCAAAUUUAUGCAGAUUUUAAACCAAGAUUUUGGUUUUUUGAGUUUGUGUUUUUGGUGAGGAAGCUGGUCGUUGUGUUGUUGGAUGUGUUUACCCUAUUUGAUCCUGUUGCCAAAUCCCUCGCGGCGCUCAUGUUUGCCUUUGCCAACAUCCUCAUCCUAACCUUCCUCAUCCGCCCCUGGCGCCGGACGCGGGACAAUCGUGUUGAAGAGCUGCUGCUUCUAAUCCUCCUCCUUGAAGCCGGUCUCUCUCUUGGCGAAAGCAGCGCCAAUACCACUGCAUCUGCAUCCGCGGCAACGCAUCCCGGAGAUCUCAUUCAACGACUCCAGCUCGCUGGGCUUUGCCUGGGGAUCAUAGCUGCCCUUUUGAUCGCUGUACCUGGCGUUAGAAGAUUUCUUGGUCAAUUGCGGUUUAAAAUUUUGGGGCCGUUGGAUGAACCCAGGGCUAAAAGCCGCGACAAAAGACCGAGAGUUUUGGCGGCAUCUUCGAUGACCAUACAUGGAUCACCCUCCCUUCGUCCUGACGAAGAGAACGAGGCGUCAAAUCCAUCACAUAACACCGACUCCAUAUUGUCAUCUGGCGACGAGCAAGAGGACCCAGAGUCACCGCCUUCCGACCUGUUUCCAAAUUCCCGAUCAACCCUCCGGCCCCUCAAGGAUCCAGAUGUCGAACAAGGACAAUUGACACUGCCCUCGGCACCAACUUUACUGAUACCGCCACUACAAUCAGCCUCUCGCCGUGGUUCAAAAUCCAGCAAUACCUCCGUCAUGUCCACGAUGCACGCCACGCAAAAAUGGGUAGAGGAGAAAUCAAUGAGCACAGGGUUAUUGUCCAAUGCCCAUAUCGCUGCUGCGUCGCUCGAAUUGAGGAGACCGGGCGAUUUUGAUGGAAUGGGUGGGAAUGGAGAUUUGGGAGAUGGUUUGCCCUAACAACCCUUGUUUGUGAGUAAGUAAUGUUCGAGUGUGUGUUUUACAUGUAGAUAUAAAAGAGGCGCAAAGACGCUGUUUAUCUUUCUGUGCCUGUGCAUAAUAGUAAUAGUAGAGUAUGUUCUGAA